CUCAUUUCAACCCCAGAUAACAAAGUGGAAUGGGUUUAUAUAAGCUAUCUCCUGCUGACUGCUUAGUCAUAUGAUUUUCAACUUCUGCUACGGGGAAAUGGAAGAACACAAAGUAGUGCAAACCAAGCAAGGAAGUCUGAGGGGAUCAGUCAAAUACUCCUCAUUUAGUGACAAGAGAUAUUACUCUUUUGUUGGCAUUCCUUUUGCAAAACCACCCGUUGGCACCCUCAGGUUUAAGGACCCUGAACCAUUUGGUGAAUGGACUGGUGUACGGGACGCUCUACAAGAUGGGAAUAAAUGUAAGCAAGGUAUCCUAGUUCGCAACCCUGGAGUAGAUCCCAACAAUAUCUCAGAAGUUGGGGAUGAAGACUGUCUUUACCUUUGUGUUUUUACCAACAAGCUCCGAGAGGAAAGCCCAACUAGAAGUCCUGUGAUGGUUUACAUUCAUGGGGGAGCGUUUGCUGGGGGCUCCGGGAUUUCCAAGAGCAUAAACCCUGAAUUUUUGUUGGAGGGGGACAUUGUACUUGUAACAAUCAACUAUCGCUGUGGUGCCUUUGGAUUCCUCUCUCUUGAAAAUGAAGAGGUUCCAGGCAACGCAGGACUCAAGGACCAAACAUUGGCUCUCAGAUGGGUCCAAGACAACAUUGAUAGUUUUGGAGGAGAAUCAAACAAUGUCACCAUCUUUGGUAUCAGUGCAGGAGGUGCUUCAGUGCAUUACCAUCUGCUGUCUCCUCUGUCUAAAGGUCUUUUCCACAAGGCAAUUAUUCAAAGUGGGUUCUGUCUGAUGAACGAAUGGUCCCUGCAAAGGUCCCCAAAGCAAUUGGCUUUCACAUUGGCAAAGAAAUUAGGAUUUGAAUCAGAAGAUGAUGCUGAAGUAUUCAGAUAUUUACAAACUGUGCCAAGUGAAGACAUUCUCAGUGCAACUCAUGAAUUCUGCAAAUACCAGGAAUACAUCACCUGGAUUGGUCUACUGUUCACUGCCUGUGUAGAAACAGCAGGUUCCAACAAGUUUCUUCAUGACACUCCGACAAACCUGAUGAAGAGAGGAGAGUUCAGUAAAGUGCCCGUGAUUCUGGGGGCUGUGGAAAAUGAAGGAAACGUGCACACGUUUUUGUCUCAAACAUGUUUCAGUUUUGAUUCGAUACCUGAAAUCAUCAACAAUAGACCUGAACUGCUUGUUCCACCAUUCUUCAAACUAAAUCCUGGGAGUAAAGAAGAAAAAGAUGUCCAAAAAGCCAUUUGGGAGUUUUAUCUUAAAGGGGAACAACUGUCCUUAAAGAAUUUCCAGGAAUUUACUAAGUAUGAAAGUGAUUUUCUGAUAAUCGCAGGACUUGGUGAAACUAGAAGGUUGAUGCUGGAAAAAUCUAAAUGUCCAGUAUACACAUAUUUGUUCACCAACCACACAAAGUGCUUCUGUUCAGGUCUGUCAGGAAUGUUGGGUGCAGACAACCCUGUGCUUCCAUAUCUCUCGGGCCCAGGUACAUGCCAUGCAGCUGACAGUGUAUACUUAACCAAACAUGUCACUGAUAAACUGGAUUUGACACCAGAAUUCAAACAAGCUGUCAACAAACAUGUACAAGCUUGGACUAACUUUGCUAAAACCGGAGAUCCGAAUGUGGCUGAAUGUGGAGUGAGGUGGGCCCCAGACUCUCAGUCCAGUCCCUGCUACAUGGACAUCGGGACUGACUGGACUGUCAAAGAAGGAGUGCCUUUUGCUGACAGAAUCAACUUUUGGCUGCAGCUUUCAGACAGAUAUUUGACUCAUUUAUUGAUACUGGAACACCGUAAAUCAAGCCCUGUUACUAAUCAUAAUAAGUGCUGGCCUAACAAUGAAAAGGUCACUGGUUCGAUCCUGAGAAAAUCAGUUGAGAUGGAAGACUUUGUAGUGAUAGAAACUAAGCUAGGUAGUCUUAGAGGUAAGGUGUGCAAGACUGGUUUAUCCAACAAGAAAUACUACUCAUUUUUGGGCAUUCCUUAUGGACAACCACCCGUUGGUGCACUCAGAUUCAAGGCUCCCAAGCCAUUUGGAGGCUGGGAAGGCGUGAGGAACGCAUUGCAAGAUGGAGACUAUUCCAAACAAAGCGCCCUUUUUACUAUAGUGUUUGAGGGCAAAUCCCCUGAAAAAGCUGCAGCAGGCGAUGAGGAUUGUCUUAACUUAGGAGUUUUCAUUAAUGAGCUUCCAAAAAAGCCAAAAAAGUCAAAGAGACCAGUGAUGGUCAGUAUUCAUGGAGGAGGUUUUGCACUUGGUUCUGGAAACUCUAACAUCUUGGGCAUGGAUUUCCUUAUGGACGAGGACGUUGUAGUGGUGUCAUUCAACUACCGCUGUGGCGCUUUGGGAUUUCUUUCCCUGGGAACCGAAGAGGUUCCAGGCAACGCAGGACUCAAGGACCAAACAUUGGCUCUCAGAUGGGUCCAAGACAACAUUGAUAGUUUUGGAGGAGACCCAAACAAUGUCACCAUCUUUGGUAUCAGUGCAGGAGGUGCUUCAGUGCAUUAUCAUCUGCUGUCUCCUCUGUCUAAAGGCCUCUUUCAUAAGGCGAUCAUGCAAAGUGGUUUUGCUCAGAACCAAUGGGCUUUCCAACCAUCACCAAAAACAGUAGCUCUGAAGUUAGCAACGAUGUUAGGAUGCACGUCAGAAGAUCCGCAAGAAGUUUUAAGAUUCCUCCAGUCAGUUCCUUCUGAUGACAUAAUCAUUGCUCAGAGCACAAUUUGUGCUGAAAAGGAAAACAUUAAGAGCGGCUGCAGUGUUUUCUCCCCCUGUGUGGAAAUUAAAGGAAAAAAUAAAUUUUUAUCAGACACUCCCAAUAAAAUAAUGAGAAGUGGUGAAUAUAACAAGGUACCCACAAUGUUAGGGGUGUGUCAGAAUGAAGGUUCAACACUUCAAUCCAUCCCAUUGUUGACUGGGCUAGAAGUAGAAGAAAUUCUUUCUUUUAUUAAUUCAAGUCAUGAAAUUCUGGUUCCACAUUUCCUGAAUCUUCAGCCAGGAAGCUGCAAACAGAAGAAUGCUAUCAAAGACAUAACUGAAUUUUACUUCAAGAGAGAACCACUCACUCUAAAUAACUUCUCUAAAUAUGUAAAAUACCACAGUGAUCUCCAGUUUAAUCUUGGCUUUUCGGAAACUAGAAAAUAUUUGGUGGCAAACUCCUCCCUCCCAACGUAUUCAUAUUUCUUCACCAACCAUUCUGGAUGCUCUUCGAAGCGUAUACAACAGACUAUUCAACUAAGUUCUGGAUGCGUGUUCGAAUCAGAAACAUGCCAUGGUGAUGAUACGAUUUACAUCUACAAAUCUCCCCUCACUAUGCCUGAAUUGACUUCAGAAUACAGACAGGCCGUGUCAAAACAUGUCAAGGUCUGGACCACGUUUGCCCUGACAGGGAACCCUAACAGUGAGGCGUUAGGAGUUAAAUGGAAGCCAGACACUGAGUGCAGCCCCUGCUGCAUGGACAUUGGUACAGAGUGGCGGAUGAGAGAAGGUGUGCCUUUCACCGAGAGAACCAACUUUUGGCAUCAGCUCACCAAAAAUAAUUGUAAAUUAUAAGAUAGGUGAAUAA